GCAAGAGGACGGCACGAUGAGUAGCCGGAGGCACGACCAGAGCGACGGUCACACUCGAAAUUGGACAAUUCUCCCAACCCAUCCCAAGGUUUAGCGCCGCCGGUCUACUUGCAGGUUGCAGCGAAAAGGACACUUCAAUCUCGGAGGAAGCAAGCCAAGCCAAGCGAAAAUGCGUCGAUGAUCUCGAGAUCCCCAGAUCUCAUUAAGUUCCGCGGCGUCGUCGUGAGCCCACGAAACCUCCGCUCCUUCCACCACCGCCACCCGCCGCCCCCUCCCGCCCCCACCAUGUCCGACCUCCGCCCGCCGGAGCACCAGGUCGCCGGCCACCGCGCCUCCGCCAACAAGCUGGGCCCGCUCGUCGACGGCUCCGGCCUCUUCUACAAGCCGCUCCAAGCCGGGGACCGCGGGGAGCAGGAGCGCGCCUUUUACGAGGCCUUCUCCGCCCACGCCGCCGUCCCGCCCCGCAUCCGGGACGCCUUCUUCCCGCGGUUCCACGGCACGCGCCUCCUCCCCACCGAGGCGCGCCCCGGGGACACGCACCCGCACCUCGUCCUCGACGACCUCCUCGCGGGCCUCCAGGCGCCCUCCGUCGCCGACAUCAAGAUCGGCGCCAUCACGUGGCCGCCGAGCUCGCCGGAGACCUACGUCGCCAAGUGCCUCGCCAAGGACCGCGGGACCACCAGCGUCCUCCUCGGCUUCCGCGUCUCCGGCGUCCGGGUCGUCGCCCCCGGGGGCGCCGUGUGGCGCCCGGAGCGCCCGGAGCUGAAGGCGCUCGACACCGCCGGCGUCCGCCGCGUGCUCCGGCGCUACGUGUCGUCCGUUUCCGGCGAGGGGGCGGACUGCUCGCUCGCCGCCGCGGUGUACGGCGGGGAAGGGGGAGUAUUGUCGCAGCUGCACGAGCUCAAGGCGUGGUUCGAGGAGCAGACUCUGUUCCACUUCUACUCGGCCUCGAUUCUUCUGGGCUACGAUGCCAAUGCAGUGUCAGCGACCGGAGUUGGGGGUGGGGUGAGGGUGAAGCUGGUGGACUUUGCUCAUGUCGCUGAGGGUGAUGGGGUGAUCGACCACAACUUCCUGGGCGGGCUCUGCUCGCUGAUCAAGUUCAUUUCUGACAUUGUUUCGGAGGCUCCUGAGACGCCGCCAUUGGCUCCUUAACUGGAGGAGAUCUUGGCGUAUGGGAGUUGAUGACAAAGGCGUAAAGUUUUGUCCCAAAAGGAAACCUACGAGCUGCUGGUUGUGGAAAUGCGAGACGACUCAGCUCAGCCGGUUGCCUUCCCUGCAAGCACACGGCAACCUGUACCUUUUUUGAAAUCCAAUCUUCUGAAUUCUGAAAUACUCUGGGGUUCGAAUACGUUUGGAUCUGAUUGCAUAAUGAAAACCUAGAGGUCACCACUCUCCCGCCUGGUGAACACUGAGACUCGUGCAAUGCAGGCGUGUUGAUCCAGCAAACAUUACCACUCCCUUUC